AUGUUGCAGAUUGCCACUCAGAUAGCUUCUGGUAUGGUUUACCUGGCUUCUCUCCAUUUCGUUCAUCGGGAUCUCGCCACAAGGAAUUGCCUCGUGGGCAACAACCUAGUUGUCAAGAUUGGUGAUUUUGGGAUGUCACGGGAUAUCUACAGCACGGAUUACUACAGGGUAAGACCAAAGAUGUCAAAUGUUGGCCUUAAAGGUCAAGUCUACCCAAACCUGUUUAACUUUUUUUGUGAAUACCAGCACAUUGGACCACUUACCAUUUUCUUACAUCUCCUGGGGAGCGUAGUGGAGUAA